UACUUUUUAUGCUGAUUGCAGUAAAGGCAAAGAUCUCCCAGAAGAAAUGGUCAUCACAGCAAGCAUGGAUGAACAUGAGAGGAAGAUAGUGAUCGAAUUUUGUCAUUUGCUCGAAAAAUCCAAGCAAUUAUUCAAUGGCUUGAGAGAUUUACCUCAGUACGGUCACAAACAGUGGCAAGCAUACUUUGGUCGGACGUUUGAUAUUUACACGAAACUUUGGAAAUUUCAACAGCAGCACAGGCAAGUCCUUGAUUCAAAAUAUGGACUAAAGAGGUGGCAAAUAGGAGAAAUUGCGUCGAAGAUUGGCCAGCUGUAUUACCAUUACUACUUACGAACGAGCGAAACCAAUUACUUGAAUGAAGCGUAUUCUUUUUACGCUGCCAUUAGGGGCAGAGCUUAUUACUCUAGAGCAGCUAAAGAGGACAGGUCUGAUCUUAUGGUGAAAAAGCUGCGCUACUAUGCCCGUUUCAUAGUGGUGUGUCUUCUAUUAAAAAAGAUGAAACUUGUUCGGGAAUUGGUGGUGGAAUUGGACAAACAGAUAGUUGACUACACCAGUACUUAUGAGCCGGAUGAUCAAUUAGAAUGGUCUUUAGUCCUUGAGGAAAUCAAAUCCUUCAUCAAGUCGGACAGCGUUAUCAGCGUCCUUCAUGCAGACAGCAGUCCCAUAAUACUCUCUCACAGGCUAAGUCCACUGACCACGCCUCCAGUUGAAAAAGCACCCAUCAUGAACUUGUCCCUGCAAGAAAUUCUCAUCAUCGGAAACUGCAGCGACCAAGUCAAGUUUAGCGAGCUGACCAUGGACAUGUUCAGGAUGCUGCAAACCUUGGAGCGUGAGCCUCAGGAGGACUUUAACCACAUUUACGAUGCAUCGCCUGCACCUGGAAGGCCUCCCUUUUCUUCAUUAACUGUUUCAUUUAAGGACAAACCGAGUUUUAAAGGCGGCUACCCAAUGGUUUCUGGUUGCCAAGAGAAUGGUGAUAGACCAUUGAAAAGAGAGAAUCCUCACAAGUACUUGCUCUACAAGCCAACCCUGAGUCAAGUCCUUGUGUUCCUUGCGUCUGGUUUUAAAGAACUUCCACCAAAUGGGGCACUAAUGCUCUACAUCUCUGCUGACGGAUGUUUCUGCAACUCAAAGCACCCCGAAGACAUGGGCUAUGAUUUGGGUGGAGUUCACACGAGCAGCAAGAGGGAAUUAGACGCACCAAACAAAAAGUCCACCCAAUUGAAAGAAAUGCACUGUUUGUACCCUGGUGACUUGUACCCUUUUACAAGACGGCCACUCUUCCUCGUCAUUGAUUCUGAUAACUCAUUUGUUUUCCAACAUAUGCCUAGAUAUUUUGGGCAACCUCUAGUAAUCCUCAUGUCUCCUCAAGAUAUUCCAGCAUCAUUCAUUGACCACCAACACAACGGAAACUUGUUUACACUAUUCCUGCACAGCCCUCUUACCGCUUUCUGCUAUAUUUGCAACAUAAUGACUGUACCUAUUCAUCUCUGGGAAAGAUGUCAAACUUUUAUUGAUAGAUUUGUGACGGAAGCAAGUCGUCUCUUCACAAGAUGCAGAAUUGAUCCUGCAUACUUGCAGUUCUUUGGAGACGAUUUUCUGCGCCUGUUGUUGCUACGCUACGUCUUUUGCGAUGUUGUGCUUAAUCUGCACAGGUCUUUUAAGGGCCGUCACUUCCGACCACGCAGUCAACCUCCACUCCCGGAGAUGGAAUUGCUGGAGCACCCAGCUCUGAAACACUUGGUGUUUGACCUGGCUGCCCAUCUGGAGGUGCGAACGCACUUCUCUGAUCCGGCGGUAGAGCUGAUGGACUGAUGUGACAGAGGGAAUAGUAGACUCACAAUGCAGCAGUGUCCUCCCGGCAGCUAACAGUUUCCAGGUGCGUGUGGCACAUGGGACGCACACCACCAUGAGUUGACGUAUGUGAAACUCUUAAAUGUACAGCACUUGUGAUAUCAUCUAAUUACUAUGUAUGUACUGUGCUAAAAUCACUGCAAAAUUGUUUCAUGUUCAGUGUCAAAAUUUAUGGUUUAACCAUUUUGAAAUUUUUUCCCUUUUUGAAGCCACGAGCAAACUGUCAAAAGUAUAGACAACAUCUAUGCUAUAUAUGAAUAUAAAGAAUGCGUGGGUGUAAAUCUAUAUCACUGCAGCUAAUUUAAUAAUCUGAAACUUUUAUCGGUCCAAACCAUGCAACCAAUAAUAAAAUAAACAAAUUGUCUGCAUUUUACAAUUAUCUCAAAUAAUAUAAUGCGUAAUAUACCUUGCGAAUACCUUAUACAUUUCAUCUUCAAGAAGCUAAAAAUGAUAAAAUUAUUGUUUCAUUCCCAUAAAUUUAUGUGAAUUCUGUCUACAAAGUCAAAUAUAAAUACAUAUUAUAAUUAUUAUCAUCAAAUUGGUGUGUUAAGUGAUAUCAUGAGACUUUAUUCUUGCCACAAAUGAAAAUUAAGUUUAGUACUCCAUCAGUUAAGAUAAAUUUAACUAUGAUUUAGAAAUUUAUCAUCAAGUUAGCGUAUUAUACCAAACUAAAUCUGCAUUCUAUUUAAGUGGUACAAAACGGAUGCAACAUAAUAUCAAGGAUUUUAAUUUGAAAAUAUCUGUAUAAACAAUGUAAAUGACGAUGCAGAUUAUUCACAUAACUAACUUGGUGGAUAUGUAAAAAAUAUAUUUCAAUCGCUUUAUAUUAGCUGUGCAAAUUAAGAAUAAAUCUUGCAACUCACUUUGAUUGGAUUUUUGACAUUCAUUCAUGGAUCUCAUUUUAUGUGCUGUUUCUUCUGUGGGUAAUGCAUUGUGAAUUACACUCCUUUCUGUAUAAUUAUCAUGUAUAAAUAAAACUAUUUAUUGAAAUUAUUCCCGAG